GACACACACCUGCUGCCCACAGAAACACGUACACACACUGGAUGCCAUGAAGCUGACUGUGUUGCUGUGUUCUGCUCUGCUGCUCUCUGUCUCUGUCCUGUCCCUGCAGGCUGAGACUGUGACUCCAGACAACAAUGACAAGAUGACAACAAGAGAGCCUGACUGUGAGAUGUAUACAGCAGUCUGCACCAAGGAGCUUGAUCCAGUAUGUGGCACUGAUGGACAGACCUACAGCACCAAAUGUGUUCUAUGCCAGGAAAACAGAAAAAAGAGGAAGAAUGUGAAAGUGGCAUGGAAAGGGACAUGCACUCCCUAGAUGACUGUGGUGUGCAGUGACACACACAUACACACACAUCAUAUCCACUCCCUGCAUUCUGCAUUCUUAAUAAAGUUACAUACAGCA